AUGCCAAAUGUUGAUUCUAUUCUGCGGAAAAUUGGCCAAUGGAAGUACCUUGCUAUGACAGACCUUACCAAAGCAUUCUAUCAAAUCCCUCUUGCCAGAGGCUCCAUGAAAUACUGUGGAGUUGUUACACCAUUCCGAGGCGUCCGUGUGUACACCCGCUCAGCUAUGGGAAUGCCUGGAUCUGAGACAGCUCUAGAAGAGCUUACAUGCCGUGUUUUGGGUGACCUGCUUGAAGAGGGUAUAGUUGUCAAGCUAGCAGAUGAUCUUUAUUGUGGAGCAGACACGCCAGACCAGCUCCUUGAGAAUUUUUCCAGGGUUCUUACAGCCUUGAACAAAUGCAACAUCAAAUUAUCAGCCUCAAAGACAGUUAUAGCACCCCUCAGAACAACAAUCUUGGGAUGGAUUUGGCAACAAGGAACCCUUAGUGCUAGCCCGCAUCGCACAGCCACUCUAGCAUCCUGUGAAAUGCCUUCCAAGGACACCCUUUGGAUAGUAACAGACGGUGCUUUGCGCAAGCCUGGCAUUGGUGCCACGCUGUACAUCUCACGAGGUGACAACAAGCUACUUCUUGCCGGAUUUUUCAGCGCCAAACUGCGGAAGUGCCAAGUAUCAUGGCUUCCAUGUGAUGUAGAAGCGUUGUCAAUUGGGACUGCUGUCAAACAUUACAGCCCUUACAUAGUUCAGUCAUUAGGACCCUGUUGUGUUCUCACAGACAGUAAACCAUGUGUGAUGGCGUAUGACAAAUUAUGUCGUGGGGAGUUUUCUGCCAGUCCUCGUGUGUACACAUUCUUGUCAACAGUUAGCAGGUACCAGGUUUCUGUUCGUCACGUUGCUGGGGCAGCCAUCCUACCCUCGGACCAUUCAAGUCGCAACGCCCCUGAGUGCAUAGAACCUAACUGCCAAAUCUGUUCUUUUGUCGCACAGUCUAUGGGCUCUGUUGUCCGCAGCACAUCCGUAUCAGACAUUCUUAAUGGUUCCACAAAGUUACCAUUCACAACGAGAUCUGUUUGGUUAGCAAUACAACCAGAGUGCUCUGACCUGAGGAGGACUUGCUCCCACCUUCGCCAGGGCACACGUCCUUCCCGUAAAGCAACCAACAUCAAAGAUAUUAAACGUUAUCUCAGUGUCGCUACUAUAGCUUCUGACGGAUUACUAGUAGUUAAGCGGAAUGACCCAUUUGUGCCAUCUAAAGAGUUAAUCAUAAUCCCUCGAUCAGUACUCCAUGGACUACUUACAUCGAUUCAUUUACAGCUCGCCCACCCCAGUGCCAACCAAAUGAAAACUAUCAUGAAACGGUUUUUCUUCGCAUUGGAUAUGGACAAAGAGAUUGACAGUAUCACCUCUGCAUGUUCACAGUGUUCUGCACUUCAGAAGAUUCCAAAUUUUAUUAUUGACCAAACAACAUCAGAUCCUCCUGAGACUAUAGGAGGCUUAUUUGCUGCUGACGUUAUGAAGCGAGAAAAACAGCUUGUCUUUAUUAUGCGUGAGUGUAUUUCUUCUUACACCACCGCACGAAUCACUGAGGAUGAGAAAGCGGAAACCCUCCGCACUGCAGUUAUCCAGUCCUGCAUAGAGCUUAGACCAAUGGAUGGACCCUUCGCAGUCAUCCGCACUGACCCAGCCCCAGGAUUUCAGGCUCUUGUGAAUGACAAGAUACUACAGUCCCACCGUAUUUCAGUUGAAAUUGGACGUUUUAAAAAUGCCAAUAAAAACCCAAUUGCAGAGCGUGCAGUCCAAGAACUACGUGAGCACAUACUGAGAAUUGACCCUACAGCACGAGCAGUUUCUUCUCUUGUGUUAUCACUAGCUGUCGCAUCUGUCAACUGUACUAUUCGUCAAGGUGGACUAUCCGCACGAGAGAUGCUAACUCAGAGAGAUCAGUUCACCAACCGUCAGUUGCCUAUAUCAGAUCGGGAGUGCAUUUUGCAGAAACAUCUAUCUCGCAACGCAAAUCACCCAAGCAGUGAGAAGUCUAAGGCCCCUAUUUUGUGA